AAAAAAAAAAAAAAAAAAAAAAAAAAGAAGAAGAAGAAGAAGAAGGAAAAAAAGAAAAAUCCCUUAGGAGGAAAGUUACAUAUUAUAAUUAUUCACAAAGGAAACAACCCAAAGCAAAAGAAAUCUGGGAGACGCUCCGGCCUGCGAAAGACCUGGUUAUGCCUGUUCCCUUUUCGUUAAUUAUACUCCACCCUUUUUAAAUGUUUCUUCAUCAUCAAAAUCCUAAAUCUGAUCAUCUCCUGAGUCAAUCUGAAGGAUGCCUCCAGCGCUGUGCACACUCCCUGCAAAAUACAAGGAUUUCAGGGCAAACUAAGAGCCACAGAGAGCACCGCUCCCGCCCUACAGGUACAGGAUCCAAAAGGCACUUUGAUCUCCCGUUUCCGCCACCGACUCGUAGCUCCUUCCCAAAUACCUGUUUAUCUCCACUCUCAUCCCCAUCGCCAUUUCCCCCCUUAGCUCCUGAAGCGAUUAACCAGCAACAGUGAGAAACAACGAGAGAGAGAGAGAGCGCAGAGGCAAGCCUGGGGGAAACGAAUGUCUGCGUGGCAAGGUUUCCUUAGGCAGUUUGUCAGGCACUGCUGAAGGCAGCCUGGAAGGAAGCCGGACCCUGAGGCCGCGGAGAGAGGGCCUUGUGUUUGCAGCCCGACGCACUGAUUGGCCGCGACCGAGGAAAAACCCGGAUGCGCUGGACAGCAGUGUUGGCGGUCGCGGCUCCGAGAUUUGGGCACUUUUGGGGGUGCCGGUGGCCCGGGCCAAUGGCGCAAGGUUGGGCAGGCUUCUCUGAAGAAGAGCUGAGGAGACUAAAGCAGACUAAAGAUCCAUUUGAACAACAGCGGCGUCUCCCCACGAAGAAAAGUCGACAACAACUUCAGAGAGAAAGAGCCCUUAUAGAGCAAAGCCAAAAACUUGGACUUCAAGAUGGAUCAACCUCAUUACUUCCAGAGCAGCUGCUUUCAGCACCAAAACAGAGAGUUAACGUUCAAAAACCACCUUUUUCUUCCCCUACUCCUCCGAGUCAUUUCCCUCUCACCUCUCCUGUUGGUGAUGGACAACCACAGGGCACUGAAAGUCAGCCAAAGGAACUGGGACUUGAGAAUUCCCAUGAUGGUCACAACAAUGUUGAGAUUCUACCUCCAAAGCCAGACUGCAAACUGGAGAAAAAGAAAGUGGAAUUGCAGGAAAAAUCUCGUUGGGAAGUCCUCCAACAGGAACAACGGCUAAUGGAAGAGAAAAAUAAACGUAAAAAAGCUCUUUUGGCUAAAGCUAUUGCAGAAAGAUCCAAAAGAACUCAGGCAGAAACCAUGAAACUAAAGCGGAUCCAGAAGGAGUUGCAGGCUUUAGAUGACAUGGUGUCAGCUGACAUUGGAAUUCUCAGGAACCGAAUUGAUCAGGCCAGCUUAGACUAUUCAUAUGCUCGGAAGCGGUUUGACAGGGCUGAAGCAGAGUAUAUUGCAGCAAAGCUAGAUCUACAGCGCAAGACUGAGAUAAAAGAGCAACUCACUGAACACCUUUGUACAAUCAUACAGCAAAAUGAGCUCCGAAAGGCCAAGAAGUUGGAGGAGUUGAUGCAACAACUAGAUGUACAAGCUGAUGAAGAGACUCUGGAGCUUGAGGUGGAGGUAGAGAGAUUGCUACAUGAACAAGAAGUAGAAGCAAGGAAACCAGUGGUUCAUUUAGAGAGGCCAUUUCAGCCUGCUGAGGAGAGUGUGACUUUCGAAUUUGCAAAAGAGAACAAAAAGUGUCAAGAACAAGCUGUUUCCCCAAAGGUAGAUGAACAGUGUGGAAAUUCCAAUAGCAUCCCCUUUCAUAGUCCAAACUGCCCAAAUCAAGAAGGUAAUGACAUUUCAGCUGCUUUGGCCACAUGAAGGUCUGGUAUUCUUUUGAACUAAUAUGGUAUUCAGUAAAGUAUACUUUUUGCAGUAGAUUAUGCCCUCACCUCCAAUAAAAACCUCUUUAAAACAAUGCUGAUUUUUGAAUUCAUGAUUAGUUUUAGUAAAUUAGUAUGUUUGGCCAUUCUAAAAUCCAAAAUUAUGAUAAGUUUAUUUCUAGGGGUGUAUUUCACCUUGAUUUUGGCCCAGUUCUUUCAGUGUUCCAUUACCCUUUUUACUGAAUUAAAGUUAAGUGACUUAAAAGGAUGGAAGAAAAACUACAUGGUUGGAGUGUUUUUAGACCAGAUAAAUAUAGAAAAGUAAAAUGGAAAAUGAUACUCAAUACCUAGUUGAACGCAUUUCACUUCUCCUGGGAGAUGUAUUAAGACUGGAAGUCCUAUUUUAUUUAAUCAGUAAAAAGACAAAAAUUACAGUGUGAAAAAGAGAAAGACAGGAAUCGAAGAAAAAAGUUGCAGGUUGAAUUAUCUAUCUGGAUAUUACUAGAGUUGUAAAACUUGGAAAUUGGAAUUUAUGUGAAGAACCAGACAACUGAAGCCAGGAUCACUUUUGUCUUCAAUUUACCUUCAAAUGGUUUUAGUUUACAACCUGCGUUUUGUUAUUUGACACACACACACGUAUAUAUAAACAUACAUGUAAUUUUACUAUUAUAUUGUCUUUAAUCGAUGAAUUGAUUAAAUUUAGACAAUUAAAACAUUUCUAAAGUGAGGCUGAAAAUAAUAUAGAAAAUCUCAUUGCUACUUGUGAUGAUCAAAAAAGGAUGUAUUUUCUUUCUAAAGUUAUCUAUAAAUAUGUGUUUGAUAUGUUGGACAUGAAUUACUCUGUCAUGAAGCAUUUAAAAGCUGAUUUUCUUGUUAGUUUGUUAAUUACCUGUUACUAGUAUUUGACCAAUACAUUGUGCUGUAUGUAAAUGUGUAAAUAAAUAUUGUAAUUUUCUCACA